AUGGGUACCACCGAUGACGAACCCUUACGAAAGCGCAGUUCCCAAUCCAUCAAGACUUCUGACGGCGGCAGCAUACCUGAGACAAAUGGCGUCCUCAGUCCACUAUUAGAAAAAUAUGGCCACCCGGCAGGAGAAGUUAAGCACGGGACGUUUUCGCAAAUAUUUCGGGCAAUAUCGCUGAUGACAUGGUUGAACUGCUGUGCCUUCUCCAUCAACGCAACCCAGUUUGUCGGUGCUCCGCUAUACUGGUACAACCAAAAUUACUAUUAUGCAUGGAUGGCAUUGACAAAACAAUCCUUUGGGAUCUGUGGAACCGCGGGCACGCGGUGGUUCGCCCCGACCAAAGUGCGGGUGAGUUGGGAUCCGGAGUUAAAAGGACAGUUCCGUGUAUCGAGCAAAGGCACACUAGAGACGACAUUCCCGGAGAGAUUGGUUUAUGUUUCAAAUCAUCAGGUCUAUACGGAGUGGCUGUACCUCUGGUGGAUAGCCUAUACCAGCCGUAUGCAUGGGCACAUCUAUAUUAUCCUGAAAGAGUCCCUGAAGUAUGUCCCUCUUUUGGGCCCUGGCAUGAUGUUUUAUGGAUUCAUCUUCAUGGCUCGGAAAUGGGCUUCGGACAAACCGCGCCUGCAGCAUCGUCUGGAGAAAUUGAAAACUCGGCAUAGCGGUCCACUAUCUGGAUCUGCCGGUUUGGAUCCCAUGUGGUUACUGAUCUUCCCCGAGGGCACCAACUUGUCACGCAACACCAUCAAAGGAAGCGCACGGUGGGCCGAGAAGCAGGGCAUUGCAAAAACCAGGCACCUUCUCCUACCUAGAAGCACUGGACUGUUCUUCUGUCUCCAGCAAUUACAAGGCACCGUAGAUUGGGUUUACGACUGCACCAUCGCCUACGAAGGCACUCCAAAAGGCGGCUUCGCUCCAGAAUACUUCACAAUCCGAUCUACAUACCUCCAAGGACGACCGCCCAAAUGCGUGAACAUGCACUGGCGGCGUUUCGCCGUAUCGAGCAUCCCACUCACUGACGCCAAGGAAUUCGAGCAAUGGCUUCUGGCCCGUUGGCGUGAAAAGGACGACCUUCUGGAACAGUGGUACAACACCGGUAGAUUCCCCGGUGACGCCGCUUCCGCAGACGAAUCCAAGGGCAUCUCUAAGACCGGCUUUAUUGAGACCGACAUUACGCUCAACAGCUGGUUGGAGAUCGGCCAGAUCUUUGUUGUUCUCGUGACUGUCGCUUUGGUGGUUAAUGUCGUUUUGAAGUUCGUGGGCUUGUUUAUGACGCUGAGAUGA